AUGGGUUCAGAAAUGGACACCUUUACGGCACGUCUCGCCAGUUUCGAGGUUGUGCUGAAGCCCGAAAAGCGGAGAUCUUCCGGCGUCAAAGGCCCUCGAUUUGUCGCUUGGCCUCACUCAAAGCCUUCACCUGCAGAGCUCGCGCACGCAGGAUUCUUUUACAAACCAUACGAAAGCAACCCCGACAACACAACAUGCUUCGAGUGCGGCCGGGCACUCGAUGGAUGGGAGGCGGAAGACAACCCGGUCACCGAGCAUCUCAAACAUUCUCCAGGAUGUGGGUGGGCGAUUACGAUGGAUAUCCACCAGAGUAGUUCCAACCCCUCCAGCAUUGAAGAUCCAACCAGCGAUCGCAUUUCACAGGCGCGUUUGGCUACCUUCGGCUCAGCAUGGCCACAUGAUGGAAAACGCGGUUGGAUUUGUCAAUCAGAGAAGAUGGUCGAGGCUGGAUGGUAUUUCUGCCCUACAGAAGAGGAGACAGAUUUGGCCAGUUGUGCCUAUUGUAAACUGUCCUUAGAUGGCUGGGAGCCCAAAGAUGAUCCAUAUGAGGAACACUACCGUCGCUCUCCACACUGCUCCUUCUUUGUUUAUGCACAACCCUCCACGAAGAAGGGUAAAACCACCAAAGGCAAGAAAUCACGCGUUUCCAAGGCAUCUUCCCGUCUCUCGACUCAGUCUGUCGAUACUGUUGCAUCUGAAGUACCCGACAUAGACAUUGAUGAAUCAAUGGACCAAAGCAUUUCAUCACAGGCCACUUCCAAGCCAAAGGGUGCAAAGAGAGGACCUAAGGGCAAAGGCAAAUCUGCCAAGAGCAAGAAAGAAGAGGUUGAGAUGGAAGACCAGAUGGACAUCGAAAAUGUUGAACCUGAGCAACCGGAACCCCCCAAGGCCAAGCGCGGCCGAAAGAAGAAGGUCGUCGAAGAAGCCAAACAAGAGGAACCAGAAGAUGUUGAGAUGGAUAAUCAGGUUGAAAUUGACACUGCCAAAAUUGAGGAGCCGGAAGCUCCCAAGUCCAAACGUGGCCGAAAGAAGCGAGUCAGUGAAGAAAUUACACAAGAUGAGCCGGAGCUAGUCUCUUCAGAAAGGCAUGAGCGAGAAUCAAUUCAGCCACCCACUAAGCGCCGCAACACACAAACACGAGAUAGCGGCCUCUCACAAAGUUAUGACCAUGAGGUGCAAGAUGCACCCUCUGAGGAUGAGUUGCCUCAAGAAGAAAAGCCCAAGAGAGGUCGCAAAGCCAAGAAGGCGACCUCUAAAAAUCGAAAGAUCUCCGAUGUCUCAGUUUCGUCCAAAAGCACAUCCAAGGCCCGUAUCCCGCGGGAUUCAGAACUUGAUGCCACCAUCAAAGCAGGUCUCGAAGAAGAUAAGCCUGAACAGGUCGAGCUUGAGCCCGAACCUGAAUCAGAGCCUGAGCCCGAGCCCGCUCGCGUUUCAAAGAAGAGCAAGACAGUCAAAAAGUCCAAAACAGCGGCAAAAUUAACUGAGCAACCGCCGCAGGAGCCGGAAUACCCUCCAGUGGAAUCUGAGGACGAGCAAUUACAAGCCGCGCAUGAGCCAGCGGUUGAUGUUAUGGAGGCAAGCGAAGAGCCAGCCGAAGAGCCGGCACCCAAGGCCAAGGCAGCUAAGAGCUCUAAGAAGAAGGCAACCAAGAAGACCAAGAAGACCGAGAAGGAGGAAAGUAAAUCAACAACUAAGCAUGAGAAUGGAGAGGAGAAUCAAGAAUCUUUCAUGUCUGUUGAAGGCACUGAUCAAGAGAUAGAGCCCAUGCAUGAAUCUGAGCCUGAACCUGAAUCCCAACUCCAAGAGCCUGAAAACGACUCCCCAGAGAAGCCAGUGACGAAGAAGUCCCUGAAGAAGGCAGACAAGGCAAAGAAGCCCAAGAAGUCUAAGAAAGUGCCAUCUCCAUCCCCUGAGCCCGUCCAAGAGGAACUAGUGGUGGAGGAUCCGAUCGAGGAUGUAGUGAUGGAAGACGAACUAGCUAGACAACAUAAUGAGCCUAUGUCUCCAUCUGUGGAUGAAGAGUAUGGGACACCAGAUGAUCUACCGGAUCAAGUCGAAAUGGUUGCCCCUCAAGAAUCUUCGCCAACGCCACGACAUAGCACAGAGCGAACACCCGUGCCUCCAAAGACGGCCAAGAGGUUCAGUGACAUUCCUGCUGAAGAGCAUCUCACAGAAUCCAUCACCAAAUCACACAGCUCCCGGGGUAGUGACCUGCAAAGGACUUCUCGAUCAUCAAAUCGACCCGUUUCACCACUUCCGCCACCUCAUCAGAGCACACCAUCAAUGUCUCCACAGUCGUCGGAUGCAGAAAACCGACCUCCCUCAUCUCGACCAUCAAUCUCACGCCCGGCUAUAGCAUCCGUGCCCAAGGAGCCGCAGGCCCGGACUCCACUGGCGGCUGCUACCCCGUCACCGUCGAAGCGCAACUUCAACGGUGGAUUUGAAGCCUCUAGUCACCCAUGGACUCCGGUAGACAUUGAUGAAGCUUUGUUUGGAGAGCCGAGCGACAAAGAAAAUGCUGAUCUUUCUGGGCUAUUCAAUGGCAUGAAGCGAGGGCUUACAAGUCCUGAGAAGAAGAUGUCAGUACAGGAAUGGAUCAUUUGGAAUGCAAAGAAUGGCGAGGAGCGACUCAAGCGUGAAUGCGAGCGACUCGUCAGUCAAUUUGAGAAGGAGGGUGGUCGAGCCAUGCAGCGGCUCGAGGCCAUUGAGUGUAUUGAGUAA